UCUCUCCAUCUUCUCUUUUCCCUACGCUUUCUUGGGUCCACACCAACUCCCUUCCCCUCCCCUACUUGUGACUUUGUCUCUCUCUCUUUCUCUCUCUCUAACCUCCUUAUCUCCUCACUGAGAUCAAUCGCUUUUAAUAUUAACGAGUCGUCGGUGAGAAUAAGAGCGAUCUUUUGUUUUUUAACCUAGUCUCUGCACUGAGGGAGAAAGAGACGGGGGGGAGGUGGAGAGCGGCGGGGAGUGGCGGGCGGAGGGGCCGCGGUGGCGGGUGAUGGGUCCAAGGGGGAUUGGGGGCGGGCGAUCGAUGUGGGUGUGGGGCUGGGUAGAACGCGAGAUCAGCAGCUGGGUGGAGAAAUUGGGGGCUGACGGCGGCGGUUGGAUCUGGGGGCCGGGCGGCAGGCGGUGGCAUGUCGGCGUAGCGCUGGGUGUGACGGCCAUGGCCGGACUCGCCUUGGCCGCCACCCUCGUCAUCUCCUCCCGUAGGUAAAGAAGAGAAAAUAGAGAAAAAAAAAAAAAGCCCCCCACCCCCUUCUUCCUCCCCCUUCUUUCUCCCAACCCUUUAGGAGUAGGACAAAAUAACGGAAAUUUUUAGAAGAAAAAUAGAUGAAAGAUCUCCGAAGAUCUCACACCUCGAACUCUUCGUCCUCACCAUCUUCAUCAUCGUCGACAAUGUCGUCGUGGAUCCAUCUGAGAUCGCUUCUCAUUGUUGCCUCCUCACCUGUCCCUGAUCGAGGUACCCUUAAAUCGCCAUGGUCUAGAAGGAAAAGAAAACGUUUACUUACCAGGCAUCAAUGGUACAGUUUCUUUACACCAGAUGGAAAGCUUCGUGAUGGAGGGGUGAAGUUUCUAAAAAAAGUCCGCAGUGGAGGAGUGGACCCAAGCAUCAGGGCUGAGGUUUGGCCUUUCCUUCUGGGAGUCUACAGCCUCAACAGUUCAAAGGCUGAAAGAAUUGCUGUUAGACAACAGAAAAGGAAAGAAUAUGAGAAACUAAGGAGACGGUGCCGGCGACUUCUAAAGCUAAGCACUGAGGGAGACAAGGAGUUGAAGGAAAUAGCCCAAGUUAGUUAUGCUGAAAGCCCCAUUUUUAUUGAGGGCCAUGAAUCUCCUGGCUCUGGAGACGUGUUUAGUGCCAGGGAGUCCCUCUCUGUUGAUCGAGGAAGCCUAGAUGAUGGCAACAUCGAGCAGCCAUCACGAGAUGAGACCUCUGCUUCCAACUCAUGUAAUGUCGAAGAAGACAAGAGUGGGAUCACUCAUGUCAAUGAUGCAUCUGCAGGGGAGACUGAAUCCUCCGAUACUGAAUCAUCUACUGAAGACGAACGUGAAAGCCAUUUGAUGUACUCUGCUGCAGAAGAGAACAUGGAAACUGAUCCCAAUUAUAUUAAAAUUACUUCAAUUGAAGGGGAUAACCCUAAAUCUAGUCGAGCAGCUGAGGACUUCGCCACAUGGCAGCGUAUCAUCCGUUUAGAUGCAAUAAGAGCUAAUCCGGAGUGGGUCAUCCACUUUCCAGCCCAAGCUUUAGUCUCUGAGGACAAGGCACUCAAGUCUGCUGUUGCUGUUGGUUUGAAGGACUAUGACCACUUGGAGCCAUGCAGAAUCUACCAUGCUGCACGCUUAGUUGCUAUUCUUGAGGCAUAUGCACUGUAUGACCCAGAAAUUGGCUACUGCCAAGGUAUGAGCGACCUCCUAUCUCCCAUACUUUCAGUCAUGGAGGAGGACUAUGAGGCAUUCUGGUGCUUUGUGGGCUUCAUGAGGAAAGCCCGGCAUAAUUUUAGGCUUGAUGAAGUUGGCAUACGGAGACAGCUGAACAUUGUAUCAAAGAUCAUCAAGUCCAAGGACUUGCACCUGUAUCGACACUUGGAGAAGCUUCAGGCAGAGGACUGCUUCUUUGUCUACAGAAUGGUGGUGGUUAUGUUUCGCAGGGAGCUCACUUUUGAGCAAACUGUGUGUUUAUGGGAGGUAAUGUGGGCAGACCAGGCAGCAAUCAGGGCAGGUAUUGGAAAGUCUGCAUGGGGGAGGAUAAGGCUGCGUGCUCCUCCCACUGAGGACUUGCUGCUGUUUGCCAUUGCAGCCUGUGUUCUGCAGAGGAGGAAGCUGAUCAUAGAGACGUACAGCAGCAUGGAUGAGAUCAUUAGAGCGUGCAACAACAUGGCAGGGCAGCUGGAUGUCUGGAAGCUCUUGGAUGACGCCCACGAUCUAGUGGUCACCCUACAUGACAAAAUUGAAUGAUCUGGUGUUUCUCCAUUGUUAACCAUCUUUUAGUCAUCUCUCCCAUAUUGGGUUCUUUGCUCUUUGGUUGCGUCAUUAAUACCAGUUGCUGUGAUAAAGCAAUAGCACUGAUGCCACAGUGAAAGAGAGUUUGGAGAACCCAAUAUUGGAGUCGAAGGGGACUGUCUUGUUGUUUUAAUACUUUAGAAGAAUCAUCCCAAUUUAUACUAGUGCAGUCGAUUGAAUCCAAUUCUUCCAUGCUUGUUUUGUUUUGCACCUCUCGAUUUGGCAUUUGGUAAGCCUUGUAGGUGAAUGGGUGCGCUAAAUUUGCUACAGAUGAAUGAACUUAAUGCA